GCUGUGCCCAGCUCUGGGCCCCUCAUGAAAAACAACAUUGAGGGGCUGGAGUGUGUCCAGAGAAGGGCAGUAAGGCUCAUGAAAGGUUGAGAAAAUGUCCCAUGAGGAGUAGCUGAGGGAGCUGAGUUUAGUCAGUGUGGAGGAGGCUCAGGAGGGACCUCACUGCUCUCUCCAACUCCCUGCCGGGGCCAUGCAGUGAGGUGGGGCCGGUCUCUUCUGCUGGGCCUGCAGUGAGAACCAGAGGAACUGGCCUCACGCCGAGAGAGGAAAUUCAGUACAAGAAGAAAGACAAAACAAAAAUGAACACUCCAAAGGUGCAGAAAAAUCAGUGUGAUAUGAAAACAGAUCUGAACUUACUGCUUGAAUGCCUUAAAUAUCAGAUGGACUGCCCUCUGUCUCAGAAAGAGGCUUUGAUCACUAUCUAUUCCAUUUGCCAACAGAACAGUGAAGCAAGCCAAUACUUUCAAGAAAUUGGUGGUUUGAUGUUUAUAAAUGACCUUGCCAAGUCGAGUGUUCAUUGCAUAGUAAAGGAAGCAGCUUUAUUUACAUUGGGGAUUAUUAUAGAGAGUAAUGUGUAUUGUCAGCAGACUUUGUGUACUUCUGCAUUGUUUGAAGACCUCAUUUUAAUUUUAAUUAAAAAGGAUUCUGGUGUGAACUUGAAAAGGAUGUCUGUUUAUGUCAUCUUAGUACUGGUUUCAAAUAAUAAAAAUGGGCAAACCUAUGUCAGAGAUACAGGCUGCAUCAGCCUGCUGCUGCAGUUAUUCAGAACAACUCUCUUCACCUCUGAGAAGAAUCUGUCAGAUGAAAAUACUGAUCCCUGCUAUCAGCUCUGGUCCUCAGUGUGCAGCACUCUCUGUGCCUGUGUGAACAACCCUCAGAAUGAAGAUAAUCAAAACAUUUGCUGUUCAGUUUUUCCCUUUGCCAAAGAGUGGCUCGAGAGUUGCACAGAGCCUGAGAUAGUUCGUCCCAUUUGUUCAUUUCUUGGUCUCACAGUUGCAAAUAACUCAUAUGUGCAGAAGUAUUUUGUUUCUAUUGGAGGAUUGGAUACAUUAGCCAAAGUUCUCCUUGAGCUUAUGCAUGAUUCCUGUUUGAGUCACUCCAGCAUGAAACUUGCAGUGGUAGUAACAAAAACUCUGGAUGCCUGCAUUACUAAUAACUCUGCCAUGGGUGUUGUGUUGGCCAAGUAUCACACUGUGUCAGAGCUGCUGAAGCUGCUGUCCAAUGAGACACUGAGCACAGGAGAAAAAGCCAGUGUUAUUCUAGCAAUUGGACACUGUACUGAAGUUUGUGAAGAAAACCAGUGUGAGCUGCUUCAGAACAAUGGUCUGCCACUUAUGAUUCAGGUAUUGACAGAAUCUCAGGACGAGGAACUCAUCAGAGCUGCUACUUUUGUGCUGCAGAACUGCAAACAAAUGACUGAACAGUUGUCUCUGAAAUUAUAUGAUAACUCAUUAAAUGUGAACAAUGCAGAAGAAUUGGAUGUGGAAGUCAGAAAAAGAUGUCUACAAGACUACUGGAAGAAAGCAAAAGAAAUUUUACACAGAAUAAACUCGAUUGAAAAAGAGCAUGAUGAGGAAAGAGUGCAAGAAGAAAUACUUGUAGACAAAUCUUCAGCAGCCAAUUCUGAAGCAUUAAAAUGCCAUGAGGUGAAUCCUGCUGAUCCAAAGAAGCCCACAGAAAGAACACAUAAAGAUGUCUGUUGUCCACAGUUGACCUCAAAGUUGAAUAAUCAGGCUCUUGCUCCAUCUGUAACUUCUGCUACACAAAGAAAUGAAACAGUGAACACUGUGGAUGCAGCUUUCACCAGACAAACUGAGCAGAGGAACUUUCCAUGUUCGGUCACUGAGCUGCAAACAGACAGCGAACCUCCGGGUCACAACACAAAUGGAAAAGCUGCUUGUGGAAAAAGUCAGUCUGGUCUUGAGGCAGGUGAACAGUUUUUUAAACAACCAGCAGAGACUGUUAGAAAUAUAAAACAGACAUGCACAUCAGAUCAACAUUCAUUCUGCUCAGAGAAAACUGAGAGAGCUGAAAGUACUUCAGCUACAUCUUCAUCCUAUAAAAUGGCAGGUUUAAGGUGUUUAGGUAAAUAUUAUCUUAAAUCUUUCUUUCCAGAGUACAUAAAGAAGCCUUAAAGAGUCAGCAGUGCUGUAAGCAGAUUGACUUGACAGAAAUUGUAACACAUCUGUUCUGUUACCGCUUAUGUAAU